AUGCCCAUCCAAGAUUUCGACAAAUAUGACCUGCUCGGUGUCGUCGCCGUCUGGAUCAUCUUCUUCAUCGUCAUCGGUCUGAUUUCCGUCACCUGCCUCAAUUUCUGCUGCAUUCACAAGAACGAUGACGUCACCGUCCUGGAAAAGGUUCGUUUUUUCGAGAUUUUUUUUUAUUCCAGUUUUUCGGGAAGGUUUUUUUCCUGAAAUCUUAUCAAUAGAACUGCACACAAGGUUUCCAAAAGCGAUAUGAAUACUGAAAAAAAUGGGCACAAAAGGGUCUAAAAAUUGGAAAAAAAUUGAAGAAAAAUCUAGAAAAACCGAUUCGAGUUUUUUUGUAAUGGUUUUCCUAAAAAUGAAAAACACCUUCAGAAACUAUAACUUUUUGAAAAAAUCAAUCUAAUUGGUUCAAAUUCGUAUAAAUUUGCGAAAAAAACGACCGAAAAAUCUGAAAAAAAUGACGUCACAUUUAAUGCAUUAAAAUCAAUAAUGACGUCAGAUUUUUUGAAAAUUUCAAUUUUUCUAAGAAUUGUUCAAAAUUAAAUCUUAUAGGAAAGGUAAAAUGAGCUUACACACUUCCCAAAAAAAAAAAAAUGGACAAUCAAAAAAAAAGUAGGAGAAAAAAAUAGCCGCAAUCUUUCAAUACAUAUGCGCUCCAUGGAUAAAUUUUUAAAAAAACCUUAUUUUUUUGAUAAUGAAUGAAUUGAACCUAAAGACUCACUCACUACAAAAAUUCUGAAAAAGCUGCGAAAAUAGCUAGAAAAAAUGGCCACGACCAGCUGAAACAUAUGCGCUCCACGGAUAAAAUUUUCAAAAAGCUGAUUUAUCGACUAUAAAAAGAAAUUGAACCUAAAACCCUCCCAACAAAAAUCCUGAAAAAAGCUGCAAAAAGAGCUCAAAAAAUAGCCGUGAUCAGUUGAAACAUGUGCGCUCCAUGGAUAAAUUUUCAAAAAAGCUGAUUUUUCUUCAAAACUUGGUUCUUUUCGUCUUUCGAAUAGCUUUCACAGUCUAAAAAUCAAUUUUUUUUCCAGUGGGGACAUCGAAAACGACUGGGGAUCCGAAUGGGACCUCAUCGGCCUUCGGUGAUCGCCCGCCAAGUGGCAUUGGAGGGCUUCAAGCGGGACAUUUGA